AUGGAAGUGCCAAUAACAGAAGCUAUACACGGGAGAGGAAGAAAACGCAAGAGAGAGCCGGAGAAAUGGAAGGCAAAAAGGGCGAAAAUUCAAAGGACUAUUUACCGAAAAGGAAAAAACGCAGAAAUGAUACAACAGUCUACAAUUUCAAAAGGCAUAGAUGUAAAACCACUAAAGCUCAGAGAUCUGAGAAAUCUACUACAAAAGCAUUAUGGUGAAGACUGGAAGGAGUUACCUAAUUUGGUAUACUACAAGAAUGUUUUAUUUAACCUAGAUAAAGAAGAAUUACAGCUAUUAGAAGAUAAUGGAGAAAAUGAAACAAAUGUCAUGGAAGACGAAACUUGUGAAGGAGUCGAGGAAGAUGUUACGCUAAGGAUAUAA